AUGAAGAGCGAUAUUCAGCUUGAGAUGCUCGAAGCAAGAAGUUGCUCUGAUGUAUCUUCCUGUGGUACGAAAAGUGAAAGAGACCAAAAAAUUCGUGCUUCUGGGUUCACUUCUCUUUUCCGGUACAUGGAGAGAUCCGAUCUACCUGUUUUAACUCUUGCUCUGGUGGUAAUCUCUUUGUCUACUGCUGCUGUUCCCCUACAAUCCUACAUCUACGGGAAAAUCUUUGAAAAGCUUUCCGAUUUCUACGUUUAUGGAGUGGAAUACUCAACGUUUAUUGCCCAAAUCAGGUACCUUGCUGGAUUGAUAAUGAUAGUAGGACUAAUUCAGGCAAUUUUCAGGUGGGUAUCGAUUUACGCUUGGCUAAUAUUCGGUGAAAGACAAGCCAAUAGAAUCAGGACGAAAUUGUACUAUCAAUUGGUCCAAUUCACCAACAUGGAGUGGUACGAUGGGAAAUCGCAGCUAAUGGGAGAGAUAACCCAAGUGAACAGAUCCAUCGAGGAGCUCAGAGAGGGUGCUUCUGGGCAUUUAGGGUUGUUAGUGGAAACAUUGUCAACUUGUGUUGGUCUUUUCGUAAUGGCGAUGGUUCAAUCAUGGGCGUUAACUUUAGUUAUCUUGGCUAGUGUCCCAGUUAUUGCGAUAUUUGGCUGGAUUUUCGGAUCACUAACAAGAAGAGCAGCAGACGCGGAGAAUAACUACUCUUCUAUUUGCUCUAAGAUCUUGGACUGGAACCUUGUCAACAACAAAGCCAUUAAAAUGUUCAAUGCUAGAUAUUUGGAAAUACUGAAGUUCAACAGGAACGUGGAUCAAUCUGCGAAGGCAUUCUUUCGUGAAUCCAAUGCAAUCUCUGCAAACGGAGGCAUAUUGAAAACAUUAAGUUUCAUGAUGUUUGUACAAGGUUUUUGGUUUGGCAACUAUUUAAUGAGCAGAGGUCAUUUAUCGAUUAACCAAGUAUUUACUUGUUUCAGCUCAUGUUUGGCUUUGGGUACUAAGAUGAGUAGCAUCAGUGCCAUCUUCGCUAUACUUAACAAAGCGUAUGCGGCCGUUGAGAAAAUUGCAACACUCAUGCAGCCCGCGCCGCACUCUCUGGCCCGCAUAAAAGAAUUGCUGCAAAAAUUCAAAGUACCAGUAAUGAACGGUGGAAUAUACCCAGUUAGUGCUUGUAUGGGCAGUAUCAGGUUCAAAGAUGUUAAUUUCACGUAUCCGGCAAGACCCAGUAUUCAAGUGUUGAGUAAUUUUGAUUUAGAAAUUAGACCCAGCAUAAUGAACUUUAUCGUUGGAAAAUCUGGUUCUGGGAAGUCUACUAUUGCUCAAUUGAUUCUUCAAUUUUACAAACCAGCAGACAAUAGCGGAAGGAUCGAAAUAGAUGGGUUUAAUAUUGAAACAUUAAGCAACAAAUGGUUAGCCAAGAAUAUCACUUACCUCCAGCAAACUCCUGCCAUAUUUAAAGAUACUUUGAUGGAGAAUAUAACUAUUGGUUGUGGUGAAACGUAUGGUUCGAAUAUGGCUAAGGUUGAAGAAGCAUGCGAGUUUGCUCUACUCCAUGACGUUUUAAGCGAUUUAAAAGACGGAUUAUCUACAGUGAUUGCACCAGAGAAAUUAAGUGGGGGUCAAAAACAAAGAAUUGCAAUGGCUAGAGCUUUCUUUAGAAAUACUGAGGUCUUGAUUCUCGAUGAAGCUUUAAGCGAGCUAGACUUGCGCCAUAGGAAAGCCUUGCUUAGUUCCAUUAGAGAUUGGAGAAAGGGAAAGACUACUAUAGUUAUUACGCAUGAUAUUUCCUCCUUAGAAGGAAAUGACUACGUCAUUACCUUAGAUGGUGGAAGGGUGACAUGCGAACACCUAAACGAGGAAACAAACGAGAAUAUAAAUGAAAAAGGUGCACUGAUUUAUGAACCUGAGCUAUCAGAGCUCAGUGAGAAGAUUCCAAACUACAUAUCUAACCCCGCUGUCCUGAAAGAUUUGGAAAAAGAAUCCAACGAGAAAGAUUUAGAAGACUUAAAAUCUGCCUAUUUUAUUUUGAAGUACACUAAGCAGUUUAUUCCCAAAAAAUUGCUACUCUCUUUUGCAGUUCUAAUUUCAAUUUUUGGUGGAGUUUUGAAUCCAGUGUUUUCUUAUUGUUUCUCAAAAUUAAUGUCCAAUAUGGUCUUGGUUUCAUUGGGACAAGAUGUAAUGCUGCAGUUGAAGACUUGGUCAUGUAUUGUUAUUGGAAUUGCAAUUGCAUCAGGAUGCUGUCAGUACAUAUCUCAAUUCACUUUACUCUGUAUAAGCGAAAAGUGGAUCGUCAAUAUAAGAAAGGAAAUAUUUGCUAAACUUGUCGAAAAGGACGUAUCCUAUUUCGAGUUAGGAACUACGGACCCAGCAGCUUUGACAACUUUAAUAAUGAAUGACACAAGAGAUUUGAGAAAUUUGGUUAGUGAAGCAAUCACUUUGGCUGCAAAUUUGGUAAUCAUGUCCCUUGUAGGCGUGGUUUGGUCUAUUGUAAUUGGAUGGAAAUUGGCACUUGUUGGAAUUGCAUUUGUUCCUUUGAUUAUAAUUGUCACAGGAUUGUAUUCAAGUAUUCUCCAGGUUAUCGAGCAUAAGUACAAAAAUAGUGUAUGUGAAACUGAAAGCCACCUUCAUGAUUCUGUUCUGAAUAUAAAAUCAAUCAUCUCACUAGAUUUAAGGGAAGUUUUCAUUGAUAAAUUCAUAAUCAAAAUAAAUACGUUAAAACACAACGGUACUGUGAGAGCAAUUCUUGGUGGAUUUGGUGAAUCACUUUCGGGACUAUGCAUAUCAGUUGCUACAGGGACAAUCUUAUUAUACGCUAUGGAAUUAACUGGUAAAGGAGAGUACACUCAAGAAAGAUCAAUUCAAGUUAUUACUCUAUUGACAUUCACAAUGGCAAUGGUUAGCAGUCUAGUUGGACAAAUUCCUGACAUUUCUAGAGGUAGAAGAGCAGGAACCUACAUAAUUAAGCUACUAGAGCUUGAAGAAUCCGAAACUGAAACCAGGGGUCUGAUUCGACCAUACACCAACCUUCUUCGAAGUAAGCUUCCGGUUAUUCUGUUUGACAAUGUCAGCUUUAGUUAUCCUAACAGGCCAGCUUCAAGGGUCUUAAAAGGAUUACAAUUGAGAAUCCAAGAGGGAGAAUCUGUUGCGAUUACAGGAGAAUCGGGGUCCGGUAAAUCAACAAUUGCCUUACUUCUCGAAAGAUUCCACAUAACAAGAGAGGGUACUAUUCUGAUAAAGGACACAAGUAUAAAUGAACUAGAUGUGGAAUGGUUAAGAAGUAUUAUAGGAUAUGUCCCUCAGAUUUCUUCAUUUUUCGAAGGGUCUAUAUAUGAAAAUUUGUCUUACGGUUUAAAUCAAAAUUCCUUAACAGUUGGCGAAAUUGAAUCAGCCCUAAAAGUUGUUAAUAUGUACGAUUUUAUAUCUUCAUUGGAAUUGGGACUAAGCUCUCCUAUGGGAGAAGGUUCAAACUCAAAGUUUUCAGGUGGGCAGCUCCAAAGACUAAGCAUUGCGAGGGCACUACUCAGAAAGCCAAAGAUAUUAAUAUUGGAUGAAUGUACCUCUGCUUUAGACCCAGACAACUCUAAGAUUAUAUGCAACCUUGUUUCCCAAUCGUUUUAUCGAAAACGAGAUGUCACAAUUCUUGCAAUUACUCAUUCCAAGGAGAUGAUGAGAAGUUGUGACAGAGUUUGUGUUUUGAAGAAGGGUGUUAAAGUAGAGGAUGGAGAGUAUAACCAAUUAGUAAAGGAAAAGGGUGAAUUGUUCAGGAUUCUCAACAGAUGA